ACAGUUUCCUCCUGGAGUCAUUAUGUUCUGCAAUACCAGCACUCCUGGUCACUCUACCUUCCUCCUCACUGGCUUUCCAGGCCUGGAAGCCUCUCAUCACUGGGUUUCCAUUCCCAUCAACCUCAUCUGUGUGGUUUCUAUCCUGGGCAACAGCGUUAUCCUCUUCCUGAUCCGCACAGAUCCAGCUUUACAUGAACCCAUGUUCAUCUUCCUGUCCAUGCUAGCAGCCUCUGAUCUGGGCCUCUGUGCCUCCACCUUCCCUACCAUGGUGCGGCUUUUCUGGCUGGGUACUCGGGAGCUGCCCUUCGAUUUCUGUGCAGCACAGAUGUUUUUCAUCCAUGCCUUCACCUAUGUGGAAUCUGGUGUGCUUCUGGCUAUGGCCUUUGAUCGUUUCAUUGCCAUCCGGGAUCCUCUACACUAUGCCACAAUCCUUCCUCACUCAGCAGUGGCUAAAGUUGGGGCUGCCGUGCUGGUAAGGGCCAUCCUGCUCAACCUCCCCGGACCCAUCCUUCUGCGACGUCUUAUCUUUCCUCAGAUCAGUACCCUUUCCCACUGCUACUGUCUGCACUGCGACCUAGUGGGACUGGCUUGCUCAGACACCCGGAUCAACAGCCUGGUCGGCCUGGUUUCCAUUCUCCUCUCACUGGGCCUAGACUCCUCCCUCAUCAUGCUGUCCUAUGCUCUGAUCCUACGGACUGUC